AUUAACUUAUGAUUAGAAAUAAUAUACAAGUGUUUAUACAUUGAGUGAGAGUUGGCAUUGAAUUUGUCAUAAAUAAGUGUCAGAUCCCAGAGACUGAGCCAUUCGUACGCCUAUUCACACCACUAUUACCACUAAUAUUGUCAUCAGUUGUCUCAUUAUAUCCAUUGAACCGAAACAAUGUCUUUCGUAUUGGUAUCGUCCGAAGACAUCUUCUACGGGCCGACCUGUAUCUCCACUGAGGACUCGGCUCUUCACCAACAGAUCUCCGACAUCUCGGACUCAACCAAAUAUCUGACCAUUUCUUCGCGCAGGAAGAAGACGGAAGGAUCGAGUGGCCACAAGAGCGACAAAAGCGAGAAAAUAAAGGCUAAGUUUGAGGCAAAGCUGAAGGAACUGAAGGAUAAACCAGAAAAGGCUGAGAAACUGAAGGAGAAGAUGGAGAAAAUGACGGUAAGGGAGAAGGAGAGGAUCGCUGUGAUGGACGACAAGAAAGUGAAGUUCGACCCAAACUCGAAGGCACUGGUCAUCAAAGUAGAGGACGCGCCCGUCCGGGUGCUCAACAAACUGGCCGCACUCGGCUAUCAGAUCACCCCCUCGUCCAGUGGCGGCAGUAGUGGCAGCGCCGGUGGUUCGCGAGCCGGUCAGGUGUGGACUCUAUUCAGACCCGGGUAUGUGCCGCAGAUGUAUCCCGAACUCAAUAAUCUUAAUAUUAAGGACUAUUGA